AUGAAAAAGUGCGAGUACCGCUCUAUCUGCGCCAAGGGCGGAGACAUUGAGGAGCCAAACGACCACAACCGUGACUUUCAUUACAAUAACUCCUGUAUCGCAAAGAACGAGAAGGGCAACUUCCUCAAUUAUUCCCUCGCUCGACUGGCGGUUGAGGAGGACGAGAAGGAGCGCUUCGUUUGUCCUGGCCGCAACUGCAACCAGCGAUCCAUUUCUCGCAAGAGUAUGGCCAGGCAUGUUGAGAAGUGUUUAAAAGUCAGCUGGAUCUCUAGCUUGACAACAGCAGAUCCACAAGUACCUUCCACGCCAUCCUUGGACCCCCAAGCCGCAUCCUCGUCUCCUCCAGAUCCACAGGUCAACGAGCGCUCUUUCUCGUCUACUUAUCCAAGCGCACAUGUCAAUCGUCGAUCCAAUGGUCUAAAGCGACCAGCUGUUGCCAUGGAGAAUGUGUCUUCGACAGCACCCCCGACUACGCACGCCGAUGCAGAUGCGCCCAAGAUAUCAAUUGCAACGCACUCCCAAGGUGGAUUCUGGGAAACCGCUGAGUGGUCAUCAUUCUCGAACUCGAUGGAACUAUUCAGAUCAUCUUCCCAAUCAGCCAUCCAAGAACUUUCAGCCCAGGUCACCAGUCUUACAGUGAAUGCCAACAAUUCUAACAAGACACUUCAUUUGGCGGUCGACAUGAUGCAAGGCCUUCUGAAAAAUCAAGCAGAGUCAACGAACAAAACACUUUCGAGCAUCGGUCGCCUUCAGGUGGCAUCCAUUGCCACCCUCGGCAGGGUAGAGAAGAAGCUGGAAGCCGCAUUGUUAGGAGUACGGGACACCGUCUCAUCGCUACAGAUCGAUGUUGCCAAGUUGCGUAAUGACGUCCUCGACAAGACAGAACGGAUCAUGACUGAUCUCGAAGAUCAAAGAGUGAGCACCCAUGAAGUGGGACUUAAGCUGGACACGCUACCCCUUGGAUGUUCGUCACUUGACCCAAAUAUGAACAUUGUGGACUACCUUGAGUACACUCGCAAGUUCACUGAGCGGCUGGACGAACUAGGCGAGGACUACUUAGAACAGGACCGAAAGAAAAGAAAGAUCACGGGCAAGAGUAAGCAGGCACCAUCAACUUUGAACAGUAACCAUCUACCCGACAACAUCGACCAUAUCCACAGGGCCAAGGCUGCAAUGGCUGCGCGAGCCAAUAAGGAGUUCAUGGGGCCAAAUGAUCUCGAGUUGCCUGAUGACGAGCAGACGUCCGAGUAG